AUGGCUCCUAUUGCAAAAGAUAAGAUAAGCGAAGAUGGAAGGAGCAAUUCUGAUAAGUACGCGGAGCAUUUUGAAGUUUUGAAUCAGUAUUCAGAGAAAAUAAGGCAAACGUUACGUCUCAGUAUUCUUGAGGUUGCUUUUAUAGUCCUGUUCAUUUUUAACUUUAUUGUUGCAAGAAUUCUUCAUUACACUUCCCAGGAAGAAGAAGUAUAUAAUUACUAUAACGAUAAACGAAACUUGUUGAAUCAAUUGUUUGUUAAGAAAGGUUGGGGAUGGACUACACUUAUAAUUCUUAUAUUUUAUGGGAUUGUAAUUAAGCAAUCCAAAACCAAUAAGAUUCAAAUAGUGAAGAAUGCGGGUAUUAGGUAUUUGCUCGUUACCGGAUGGUGGAUUCUUUUCACUCAGUGGUGUUUUGGCUUACCAAUCAUGGAUAGAAUCUUCAUAUGGACUGGAGGUAAAUGCACUAAUAUCGAUUCGAAUAAGUUAAAAGCAUUCAAGGGAGUUACCAAAAUCUUCACUUUAUUGAGCACCACUCCACAAGAGUCUGGUGCCAUCUAUGAAUCUACUGGUGUUACUUCGUACACCUGUCGCCGUUUGAAAGGCCAAUGGAGUGGAGGCCACGAUCCAUCGGGGCACGUAUUCCUAUUGGUCCACUCUUCAUUGUACUUAUUCUUUGAGGCAGCACCGUAUUUCCAUACGGUUGGCGAGUUCUGGAAGGAUUUGAAAAAAAUCAUGCUGGUUGUCAGACAUGACCAAGCCCAAUUCAAGAACAGCAUUUCCCAGUUCAUCUCGAAACACCCAUACUUCGGGGUGGUUUCUUUGAUCUCGUUGUGGUGGUAUAUGCUAUUCAUGACCAACAUGUACUUCCACCUGAGUGCUGAGAAAUCAGUAGGGUUGAUGUUUGGGUAUUUCGGUGCCUUGGGUGUGUUUUACUUACCAAGAUGGUUACAAAGUCAAUAG